AUGCAUUUCAAUCCUAAGUCUAUGGUUUUGGCCAUAUUGGCCGCGGGUGCCACCGCCAGCCCCUACCCAGGCGGAGGCAACUACUGUAAGAGCAAGUGCUCUCCAGGUCAAAUUGACGACGCCUUCAAUGCGCCAUCCUAUCUUUCAGAUACCAAAAACUGGUGCCGGGGGUAUUUGCACCUUCCAGCUACUAUAUGGGUCACGCAAACGAAAACGGCCUAUGUGACCAAUUACUUCAAGCAUACGUCGACCAUCACAAAGACUUACACAGCCAAUGCUGUCACUGUCACCAAUACGGAUCUCGAAACCGUAGUCGUCACUGACCAGGAGACCUCGACGACCGUAGAAACCGAUUUUACCACUGUUGUGGAAACCUCCACAUCGCUCAUAACCGUCGUAAACGAAGUAACUCAGACGGAACUAGUAACUCAGACGGACGAUGCUACAGCCACUACCGUUGUCACCAACACCGACGUCGUCACCGAGACAGAUACUAUCUUUGCUACUUCUACCGUCACUAAAUUCUUCCCGAAACCGUACUACCAAAAGCGAGGAAACAAGGUUCCAUCUUACCUUCCCCAGGACAUGUCUCCAGAUCAAAUCGGUUCCCACUGUAAAAAGAUCAAUCCCUGCAGCACGAGGACCACGUAUGUCACAAAGACAAUUACUAUCCCGUCUUACAAGGAGACCAAGACAGUUUUUACUUGGGUCACAGUGACUCCAACCGCUACUACAGUCGUCACCGUUGUCGCCACCAACGUUGAAACUAUCACAGUCCCAGAAACAGUCACCACUACUGUCGUCGAAGAGUCAACCACUACCAUCGACUCCACCGCAGCGACUGUCACCGAAGUAGUCGCCACCGAAACUAACACUAUCGCCACUACUGUCAUCACCGUCGCAACCAAUACUAUCACAGAAAACACCGUUAAUACAGUUGUCGCAACAACCACAUCGACGGUAACUGUCACUAAGAAGGCAUUCUGCAAAAAGGAAACCGAAUACUGCCAACUUGAUCAUCCGGAGAUGUGCUGCAGUGGGUAUUGCGUCAAAGUCUUCAAGACGCCAGUUUGUUGCGUCCCAAAGGGGUCAGCUUGCGAUCCUUCUCACCCUGAAGGAUGUUGCUCUGGCAAAUGCAAGGCACAGGGCUUCUCAUACGGAAAGCCAGUUUAUAAAUGCUACUAG